AUGGUUAGUUAUAUGGUUUCUGAUCUCGCAGGUAACCUGGAUUCUAGUCAGAAGCAGAAGCUUUCCGAAAUCUGGGAUUUGAUUUUUCAAAUUUUGAAUGACCCUGACAAAGUCAAGGCUGGGCAUUUCAACCUUGAUAACCCUCACCACGGGCCGCCUGAUAAUGCGAGCAAAGAGGCCAAGGCACUUCAUGAAGAACAACGUGCACUCAAGGACCUCUUCACUACACAUGGUGUUGAUGAGUUUUACGAACAGUUAUGGUUCCUUUUUGGCCCAGAUAUCCCUGAUAUGAUCCUACUCAAGUAUCUUCGUGCACGCAAGUGGAAUGUUCAUCGCGCAUUCGCCAUGCUUUGCAAGUGUCUUAAAUGGCGCAUUGAAAUUAAUAUUAUUGACAUUAUGGCGAAGGGAGAUGUUGGACUAAGUGCUGAAGAUAAGGACUUUGCUCGACAAGGGCCUGCAUGUAAGGCUUAUGCUGCUGGUAUGACCGAUAAUUUAAUGCCAAUUAUCUAUAUUCAUGUGAAGCGACAUGUUGCAAAGGAGCAGGGUGCUGAUACUAUGACAAAUUAUGUCGUUUCUUGUGCUGAGUCCUUCCGCAGAAUUGUCAGGCACCCCAUGGACAAAAUUGUGAUCGUCUUCAACUUGUCCGGUUUCAGUUUGAAGAAUAUGGACUGGCAUUCGCUCUUGACAAUUAUUUCUAUACUUGAAGCGUACUACCCCGAGACCCUCUACAAGCUUUAUAUUUAUUCAGCUCCUUGGAUUUUCCAAGGUAUUUGGAAGGCACUGGCGCCCAUGCUCGAUGCCCAUGUCCGUGCGAAGAUAUCAUUCGCUAACAAGCCGGCUGAUCUCGACUUGAUUCCCAGUGAUCGCCUCGAAAGCUCCAUGGGUGGCGACUUGGCCGAAGCUAUGGAGUGGACCCCUACUGGUGAAGGAGAGAAACCUGCCCUUAUGCGGUCAGACCCUCAGCGUCGACAGUACUGGUCUCAAUAUAUGCAGCAGGCAAAAGCAUAUGAAGAGAUCACGCGCCGCUGGGUUGCUUCCCAGGGCCAGGAUGAUGCGUUAAUGGAAGAACGCCAUUUUAUGGCUCUUAAAGUCCGUGCGACGUUUUUGUCGCUUUCGUCCUUCUUUUUCGCAAGCUCUAUGUACGAUCGUGCGGGUAUUAUUCGAGAUGAUUUUGCUUUGGAAUGGACAUACAAGCAAAAGAACCAACGAAUCAUCAAACAUGUUGUCGGUGAGGAGAUGUCAUUGCCAACCCUGCAAAAGCUCAUUUCAUCGCGCGAAGGACAUUUUAACACUCACCAGGACCAGAGCAAAGAAAAUUGGAAAGACCAGCAUUCUAAUGCAGCCUAUGGAGCUGCUGCUGGCACUGGCGUUCGAUCGCAGCCUCGCUCGCCCAACGACGGUCGUCACACGUUUGGCACGGACUUAACUGGAAACCGCAAUGUGACUGAGACGCCUACUUAUGGCUCUCGAGGGGCCAAUGCUAAUAUCGCUGCUGGCGCCGGUGCUGGCGCGGCCACUGCGGCAGCCGGUGGAGCAGCGAUGAUGUCUAAUGGUCAGAUGAGCAACUCUCGCUCGAAUUUGUCUUACUUGGUUAAGACUCCUCGUUCGGGUGCUGGCUCUUCGAGUGCCUCAAUCUUCUCCUCUUCUAGUGAAGAUGACCUUUUCGUCGAUGCUGAUGAUUUUUCUCGUAAUCAAGGUUCGUUUGGAGACACGGUCCAAAACGCUCAAGGUUACUCGGAGCAGUCGGAGGGCCAGGCGCAGGAAAGGUAUAUGGAUGGUGAAGAUCAAUACGAGGAAGUGCCUCAACGGGAUGGCCAAGGGGCAGAGGAUGAAAAUGAUGAAGCCUGGGCUUCUAAUUCACAAAGGCCCACCAACGAGGCAUCUGGAGAUGAGUCUCGCCGCCAGCGUGGUGCGCCACGUCCUAUGGUCGGUGAGAAUGAAAAGCUUGCAGGUUUUGGUGACCUUGGUCCUGAGGCGCAUGACCAAAUAGCGGAGAGCAACGAAAAAAUGCGGGAACCGUUUGACCCAAACCACAAGCGCGCCCAGCAAAGUAUUUGGUCGCGCUUAAAUUGCUGUUCAGGAAAGAACAUUGACUAG